GUUCCGGGUCAGAAACUGGACUAAGAGGAUAUAAACUACGGGAUAAGAAAAAAACACGAACUAAACACAACCAAACAGUCAUGUAACCGCUUACAAUUAAAGGUACGGACAUUUGUCAACCUUUCAGUGGAGAUGUUCCUAGAAAGGUAAAAAAAAGAGGAAGAGAGACUCCGGGAUCAACACAGAAGUGGAGCGCGACACAUUUGCGUUUGAAAUCGACACAACACUGGUUGCUCCGGGAGAGUUUCCUCCGCUUGUUUGCUUCAGUUUUAAUUGCCGUGGCAACUUUUCCAGCAACAGGACGGAUUUAUCCAGGCUUCGGGUCGUCUUCACCCCGUGAUGUUUCACUGUAUUCCCCUGUGGCGGUGCAACCGUCACAUUGAGUCGAUCGAUAAGCGCCACUGCUCGCUGCUGUACGUCCCGGAUGAGAUCUAUCGCUACAGAGGGAGUUUGGAAGAGCUUUUACUGGACGCCAACCAACUCCGUGAUUUGCCCAAGCCAUUCUUCAAUUUGACGAAGUUGAGAAAGCUCAGCCUGAGUGACAAUGAGAUCCAAAGUUUGCCCGGGGAUAUUGCCAACUUCAACCAACUUGUUGAGUUCGACAUCUCUCGAAACGACAUUAUGGAACUCCCUGAAAGCAUUUCAUAUUGUAAAACCCUCCAAGUAGCAGAUUUUAGCGGAAAUCCUUUGACAAGAUUGCCUGAAAGUUUUCCAGAAUUACGAAAUUUAACAUGCCUUUCCAUCAAUGACAUUUCUUUGCAAGCACUUCCAGACAACAUUGGAAACCUCUGUAACUUGGUAUCACUAGAACUCCGGGAAAACUUACUGACGUAUUUACCAGAGUCUUUGUCUCAACUUCAGAAACUUGAAGAACUUGAUGUAGGAAACAAUGAACUGUAUAAUUUGCCGGAGACAAUAGGCUGUCUCAUCAGUCUAAAAGACCUGUGGCUGGAUGGAAACCAGUUGUCUGACAUACCACCGGAACUUGGCGGGAUGAGAAGCCUUACUUGUCUAGAUGUAUCAGAGAAUAAGUUAGAGCACCUCCCAGAGGAGAUGGGAAACCUGCUUUCCCUCACAGACCUCCUGGUGUCCCAGAACCUCAUUGACAUGCUGCCCGAGAGCAUAGGAAAAUUAAGAAGGCUUUCGAUAUUGAAAGUGGAUCAGAACCAAUUAGUGCAGCUGCCGGAGAGCAUCGGCAACUGUGAAAGCCUAUCUGAACUGGUGCUGACUGAAAACCAGCUGGUUAAUUUGCCUAGAAGUAUUGGAAAACUAAAGAAGCUGUCUAACUUCAACUGUGAUAAGAAUCGCCUAAUGUCUUUACCGAAAGAGAUCGGUGGCUGCAGCAGUCUGAACGUUUUGUGUGUGAGAGAAAAUCGUCUAACACGAAUCCCGCCAGAGCUCUCACAGGCUGCAGAACUGCACGUCCUUGAUGUCUCUGGAAACAGGCUGCUGUACCUGCCACUGACCCUCACUAGUCUACGACUCAAAGCGCUCUGGCUGUCUGAGAAUCAGUCUCAACCCCUGCUCACCUUCCAGACAGAUGUGGACCCUGAGUCUGGCGAGAAAGUGCUCACCUGUGUACUGUUGCCGCAGCAACCCUGUGAAUCAGAAAACAAAGGUUCAGAUAAUCUGGCCCGCUGUGGAGCUCUGGAGAGUUUAGUGGACAGUGAAGCACUAAACGACACAUGGGAUGAUAUAGCCACAAACAGAAUGAGCACCAUCCGUUUCAUGGAGGAGGAUGUUGAUGAAGAUGAUGAAGAGAGGACGCUGUUGCGACGGGCCACGCCCCACCCCGGCGAGCUGAAAAACAUGAAGAAGGUGGCCGAGACCAUCCGUAAGGACAUGAAUGCUGCCAAAGGCCUGGACUCCAACAAAAAUGAGGUCAAUAAUGCUGUGGACCGAGUGACCACGUCUGUGUGAACGCUUUAACUCCGAGAUGUCUCUUACCCAGUGUGUGUCCCCUGAAGCCCCUCCCACAGAGCCAUUCCUCACCGCCCCUGUUCUCUCCCAGGGGUGGAGCUCCCUUUUACUCUCCUGGGACCACCAGAGCCCUUUGUCCAGCCCUGCUAAAAUCAUAUACUCCUGCCCUGUGACAGGGACAAACCCCCACAACCAGGUGCCUUCUUUUCUAAGGACCUCCAGAGCAAUAAACCUGCAAAGGAAUGCACAUUUUACCCUUAAAACUCUUCCGAUCCAGUGCUUUUAAAUUAGUUUUUCUUUGACACACAAAAUAGGUAGUUGCACUACAAGUCUUAGCAUAAAUCUGUCAAAAUCUUUAUCAUAGAUAUAUUAAAUUGAUAUAUAUAUAUAUAUUUGCUCUAUUUUUCUUAUUUUUUAUUUGGAAACACUGGGUCCAUUUCUUUUUCUAUGGUGAUGCAUGGAGCCCAGGCAUUUUUGGACCUACUGAUUUAAAAAAGAAAUUAUUGUAGAAUUGCUUGUGAAUAUUGAUACAUUUAUACUUACGGCAGCUCAGGUGGUGUAAAUUUUAAAAAUGACAAAAGAUGUGUUGUACGUUUCUUAAUCAAUGAACAUUCUUAUUCCUAUGGUAGGGACUUUAAAUCAGAGUUGAAAAGCAUUCGAACAAAAUGGCAGAUUUGUGUUGUCAUACAACCCCAAUUCCAAAAAGUUGGGACAGUAUGAAAAAUGCUAAUAAAAACAAAAAGGAGUGCUUUGUAAAUUAUAUUCACCCUUUGCUAUAUUGAAAACACUACAACUAAACUUUAUAUGAUGUUUUACCUUGUGAAUUUCAUUGAUUUUGUUUAAUGUAUUGUAAUUGUAUUUCAAAUCAGAUGAUUGCAACACACUUCAAAAACGAUGAGACAGGCAAUUUAAGACUAAUAACAUCUGACGAGUUGAAAUAACAAGGUGAUGUGAAACAGGAGAUGUUAAACACGUUAUGCAGUCAUGUCAUGGUAUAUAAGAAGCCGCCAAAAACAGCCUAGUGUGACAAUGUGACAGUUUGAUUGCUGCUAAUAACUUCAACUGUGAGCAGCUGAUCAUUAUGAAAUUUGGCAUCCACUUACAGGUAGCCAAAAUUAGGCUGUAUACCAAAUGUUUUGAGAAUCUGCCACAAUGUGGAACUAUAAUAUGCUAAUCCACAUUAUUGUCAUUAAAAAAAUUAAUUGAUUCCAUCCACAAUUCAGAUUUUGGAGCAAAAAAAAAAAAGAACUUUAGAGCAGCAUCAUUAUUUUAUUUUACACAGAGAUAGGUAGGUUUAUUACUAAAAAAGGAUUUACUUCAGCACCUCUUGUUGCAUUAUAUACCAGUGGUGUGAAAUAUAAAACAACACUUUUUUUGUUGUUUUUCCAAAGGAGGAGCACCUAUAACUCCUGAAGUAUUAAGGAUAUCUUAAAGGACUAUUCUGGGUUCAAUACAAGUUAAGCUCAAUCGACAGCAUUUGUGGUAUAAUGUUGAUUAACACAAACAUUUAUUUUGACUCGUCUUUCCUUUUGUUUAAAGCAAAAAUAUUGCUUGCAGUGAGUCACAUAAUUAGUUAAUGGGGACCAAUUUUUGAAUGUUAAAAUACUCGUUGUUUUGAACUUUAGCCACAACACAUUGAGGGCAUGCAUGUAAACAUGAUUUUAGUGUGCUAACAUCCCUUACUCACCUUUUCUGUGAAAACAUCUAGCCAAUUGUACAACUUUGUUAACAUGAUGAUGAAAUGUCAACAAACCUUGAAAUGACUGUAAAAAUUAAACUUUUAAAUUAAUUUAACAGCUAAAAUAAAAUGAGUUUUAACAGAAUUAAUAUCAGUGCUUUAAUGAAAUUAAAACUUCAUAUUUCUGCCUUUAAACCCUCCAAAAAUGGACACCAUUGACUUUUCGUGUAAGUGCCUCACUGAAACCCAGAUUUUAGCUUUUUUUUUAAAGCAAAGGUGAGACGAGUCGAAAAUAGUUUUUGUGGUAAUCACCAUUCCAUAAAUGCUGUCGAUUGAGCUUAACCUGUAUUGAACCUGGAAUAUUCCUUUUUAGAGUUGGGUUCUAAACAAACUUUUCUUUUUGUAUCUUAAUUCAAUUUUUAUUAUAGGCACACUAAAUUUGGAAAAACAACACAAAAAUACGUUUUUCCCAUUGAUUAAACAGAUCUGUCUAGAGAGGCUUUCUAAGGUUAUUUUUUGACCUGUAGUUUUGCUUCAGAAUAAUAAUUUUGACCCCCUAUAUAAAAUAAUGUAUCGCUCGGUAAAUACUGAUCCAUUGCAUGUUAGCUUGUUUUGGCUUUCGUCAUCAUUUAUGUUUUAUCUUUUUUCACAAAAGUAUUCAAAUCUAAAAUUGCGGCUAUUGAAGCUUCUGAAAUUUGGUUGAGUCGACACAAAAUACCCCAUUUCUGAUUUUAUAUAUUUAUUUUUAAUUGAAGUGGGAAAAGUCACAGUUCCAAUAACAUGAGGGCGAGUAAAGACAUUUUUAAUUUUUUUAUUUUUUUUGUAAACUUUUUCUUUUAUACCUAUGUGAUCAUUAGGGUGCAGCUUUUGAUUUCAGUAUCAGGAUUUUUCUUUUAUCCAAUCCAUUUUUCAAUAUAUGUAAACAACAUGUUUUGUAUGAAAAUGAAAUAAGGGCGGUUCAGUACCGUGACCUAAAAUCACUCCGACAUUUGGAUUGAAUAAUAGUCAGACAGACAUGCACUGUGCUUUACAACUGAUUACUUUACUUUGAUAUCAAUCUCAGCUGCAGUUUUUCAAAUGUGCUUCCAGCUUUGUAAAAACUGCUACAACACAAGUCUUUUGUAAUAAAAGUAAUUGUAGUUAUUAAAUCUAUAGCUUUGGUUUAGCUUUGGUUUAGGUGAGCAGUUUUCCCCCCUCCAAGUGCCAGAAUGCACUUUUACAACCAUGCUUAGACUUUAUCAGAUUUGUUUUAUUUUUAUAUGGUACACUACAGAUUUAAUUUGACAUUGUAUGUUUUUAUUUGUAUUCCAAGAAAGACAGACUUGUUUUUUUUAAUGUUGAUUUUUGUCUUGUAAUUACUUCUUGUCAAAGAUGAAGCUGCACAGUAAGAAAUCUCUAAAGUAGGCGCUGUUUCUGGGCCAGUACUUUUAUGACUUUAACCACUGAAAUAAUAAAAUGACUUCAAGAAAGAAAAGAUUUUGAUUUGUGAUUUAUAGAAUUGAUUAGAGCUUAUCUGUAGAUCCAAAAGUUGUUUUGCCUGUGUUUUACUCUUUGCUGAUGAAUGUUAACACUUCUGUUUUUAAGAUUAAACUACGCCUCUCUCAAC